AUGGCAAACAAAGACGACAAUAAAGAUGGAGAUUCGAACGUUAACCGUGUCGGCGUGCGGGUACCUGCUUUCUACCCGACAAAACCAGAAUUGUGGUUUGCAGCUCUGGAAAGCCAGUUUGCCUUGGCAAAGGUGACACAGGAUGAGACUAAGUACCACUACGCUAUCUCACAGCUGGAGGCAAAUUACGCAGAGAUUGUGGAAGGUGUAAUCACAUCCCCCGCCGCAGCGGAUAAGUACCAGCGCCUGAAAACCGUGCUGAUAAAACGGCUCACGCAAUCACGCGAACGCCAGGUCAUGCAGCUGUUAAACCACGAAGAACUGGGGGAUAGGAAGCCGUCGAUUUUUCUGCGACAUUUAAAGCAGCUCGCAGGUCCAGGUGUUCCCGAUGACUUUAUCCGGACCGUAUGGACCAGUCGCCUUCCCAGCGGUGUCCAGACCAUCAUCGCCUCCCAAAGCAAAUUACAGCUGGAAGAGGUUUCGGAACUGGCAGACCAGAUUAUGGAUAUAGCGGCACCAGGUUUGCAGGUCGUAACAGCUUCCGCUUCAUCCACAACGGGAGACCAGCAGAUUGCGGCGCUCACUAAGCAGGUACAAGCUCUGUCAGCCAAGUUAGAUCGAAUGUCACGUCCGAGAGAUAGAUCGACGUAUAGACGUCGUGGCCGUUCAUUGUCUACCAGCACCAGGUCGCAGUCCAACUACCGGAAGUUUCCCACCUGCUGGUAUCAUAUGAAGCAUGGAUCGAAGGCGCACAAAUGCGUGAAACCUUGCGACUACGCGGGAAAAGAAACGGGCAGCCGGUAA